CGCCGCGCCCACGCUCUAGGCGCUCGGGCCGCCACGUCCAUGCGCCGCCGGGUCCGUCCCCUCCCCGCCCCGUCCAUGGGACGCCGCGCCCAGCCGAGCCGCCCCGGGCCGCCGGCGCGCCACCCGGUCUGCCCCGUCCACACGGGCCGCCGCGCCCAGCCGAGCCGCCUCCACUCCCCUCCACCAUCCCCAAUCACGCCUCCACUCCCCUCCACCAUCGACAACAUUGAAGCCAAUCCCACGGUCCACUCGGACGUCAACUGCUCCUCCCCGACCUGCCUCGAGCCCUCGACGCCUCCCCACCGCUGCGCUCUCACUCCCUGCCCCCACGCGCCACCGCCAUCCCUCCUUCCUGCUACCGUCGUCGUCGCGCCUCGCCCUCCUCCAGGUGGAACGGCUACCAGCAUGAGCGGAUGCAGCCCUAGAUCAAGCCAAUUGAUCUUUCGCGACGUGGGAAGACGCCGGGGCGCUGGACUCGCUGCCUCCCCUCCCGCAUACCUGAUUGUCGGUUAGCGCUCAACGACGAGGGAUACACCGCCGCUGGCCGGGCGAUGUGGUUUUUGUUUUCGGGUCCUAGGGAUUUUACAAGCAGUUGUUUGACCCUACUAAUUUCCGUCGGAUGCACAUAUUUCAGAGAACAGUACUCGUCUUAUGGUUCUACUUGCAGGGAUCCCCGUGGGUUGAGGGCGUCGAGUCAAUGGAGUUGUGUGCGGCCACGGCAACAACACGCGUGGAGCUG